AUGUUCGUGUUCUUCGUGUUUUGCGUGACGGUGGCCCUGUGGGGUGUGUGGAGAGUGUCCGAGCAACGCAAGAAGUUGCGGCGGUUGGCGAGCCACUUUCCCAGCUCUAAGCCUCACUGGUUGCUCGGCAACCUGGUGGAGUUUCCCGCCAACGACAUCCCGGGUAUCUUUGAGACGAUGGUGGACAUGCACCGACGUUACGGUAAGGACCUGUUCAACUGGGGUCUGCUGAAUGACCACAUGAUCAUCGUGUCAAGCGCCGAAAACGUCGAGAAGGUGGCAAUGGCGAAGCAGACGUCGAAGUCGACCAUAUACGAGUUUAUAGAACCAUGGCUCGGACAAGGAUUGCUCAUCUCGAAGGGCGAGAAGUGGUUCCACCGACGCAAGAUCAUCACGCCCACGUUCCACUUCAAGAUCCUGGAGAACUUCGCGACCGUGUUUAAUCGGGAAGCGAGCGUGUUGGUGAAGAAACUCCACUCGUACGCUAACAGUGGUCAGGAGUUUGACAUCUACGAGCCGGUUUCGCUGUACGCACUUGACAGCAUCUGCGAGACGUCGAUGGGUGUCGAGAUCCAUGCGCAGGAUAACCCAUCCAACCAGUACGUGCGGGAUGUGAAGCGUAUGAGUGAGCUAAUUUUGCUACGAAUCUUCCAUGUGUUGGCCUCUUUCCCGCAAGUAUAUUGGUAUAUCAUGCCCAACGCGUGGGAGCAACGAAAGGUAAUCCAGCGACUGCAUGACUUCACCGAUUCCGUGAUUCAUCGACGUCGACUCCAGCUGUUGGCCGAGCAAGCGCAUAAAGGGGUGCGCUAUGAUGGCAACAACGGCGAUAUCCAGGACGAAGUUAAACAGCGUCAGACUUUCUUGGAUCUACUUCUGAACGUCACCGUCGAUGGACAACCACUUACGGAUGCGGACAUUCGAGAGGAAGUCGACACGUUCAUGUUUGAGGGCCAUGACACCACCACGUCCGGUAUUGCCUUCACCUUCUAUCAACUGGCCAAACAUCCCGACAUCCAGGAGAAACUGUACAAUGAAAUUCGGGACGUGUUGGGCGAGGACUACCGCUCAGCGCCAUUGACGUACAACACACUGCAGAAUUUCACCUACCUCGACAUGGUGGUCAAGGAAUCUUUGCGCUUGCUACCACCUGUUUCCUUCAUUGGACGUCGACUCGUAGAGGACAUCGAGAUGAACGGAGUGACCAUUCCAGCUGGUACAGACUUUACCAUUCCUAUCUAUGUCAUCCAUCGCAAUCCGGAGGUCUUCCCCGAUCCAGAACGAUUCGAUCCGGAACGCUUCUCGGAAGACAACUCGAACCGACGAGGUCCCUACGAUUACAUCCCGUUCAGUAUCGGUUCGCGGAACUGCAUCGGUCAGCGAUAUGCGCUGAUGGAGCUGAAGAUCACCAUCAUCAAAAUGGUAGCACAUUACCGCAUCCUGCCGGGCAAGAACAUGCCACAGGUGCGGCUAAAGACGGAUUUAGUAUUACGUCCAGAUAAAGGCAUCCCAAUCAAACUGCAAUCCAGAACAUAG